GAAUCCUCGAAUUUCGACUCAACGCUCCAGACUCAAACCACUGCAGUUGCGAUGUCCGAUGUGACAGAGUUGAAAUGCUGGCCGUGCUGCAUCGAUUCGAUUACCUGGUCCCCCGAGGGAAUUAUCGCUCUUGCCUCCGAUGACAGAGUUGAACUGCUGUUUCCAAAUACCGAGUCUCACAGUACCGAAGAAGAUGUAGCUUCAGCAUGGCAGCAUGUCGCGCUUCAAGUACCCUGGUUCACCAAGGAGGAGCUUCCCAUCAAGGAUCCAGCACCGCUCAAGACGUACUCAAUUGGGGAAGAGAUAUCGCCAAGCAUUCCUACAAGCUUAGGAUGGUCUCCACCUGGACUUGCAAAGCAUAGGAGAUGUGCUCUUGCCGCACUUACUUCAAGCCUGGUUCUCUCCGUUUGGGCGUCCAACGGCAAACCACAGGAUGAAACAAGCUGGGAGCGACAGCUGAUCAUCAACGACGCCCUCUUGGAACGCUUCUCCGGCAACGCAAUGCAAGAGGAGAGUCACAUAGAGUCGGAGCCUGGAGAGAAACUGCGACUCAGGACUCGUAUUCGAGCGUUUGCUUGGGCUCCCGCUCUGCCUGGCCCGCAAGUUUCCAACAUCGUCGGCACGCAGCUUUUUUGGGGUCAACACAUAAUAGCAGUCUCGAAUGAAGACAACCAAGUCGUGGUCCUAGUCGUUGAAUCACCAACCUCGACACUAGGCGCAGAGGAAGACUGGAGCGCUGAGGUUCUUAAUCACUUCUCAGUCACGCCGGAUUCGGAAUGCGUCUUCUCGAACCCUUCCUGCUUCGACGACUUUAUGCAACAGCAACGUCAUAUUUCACAUCUCGCCUGGAGUCCGUGGACCGUUCAUGGCGACUGGUACCACGCUGUGCUGGUCUAUGCUACGAACGAGGAUGUGCGCGCAAGAGUGGUUACAUAUGCCCAUGACACCGUCGGCCUGGGUGAUGAGGUUAUCUAUCCUGAUAUCGAAAUACGACAUGCGGGGCCUAUGAAAUGGUCUCAGAGGGUCCACGACGGCGACAAGGUGACUCUCGCCUUGUUCACCAGAUCCGAAGUGAUCUGCCUUCGUAUAUCAGCCUCAGACGCCACGAUCCUGAACCGAACGACACACCACUUGGACGGGCGCUGGGACGAAAUCUCAGGGGUAGUGUGGGAUCAGAUGUCGAACAUCUCUCCCCGUCUGCACUUCUGCUCCCUCAGUUCGACCAUGAACUGCCCCACAGCAGUCCUGAAGCUCUCAGAGAAUGGAUUAUCAGCACUUCCCUCGCCGAACUGGCGUGAGCACAUAAAUGAUACACAGAUCCUCUUCAGCGCUCGACAUGAGCUGAAAGGCAAUGCCAAGUCGAAAGUUUGGGGCUUGUCAGCCGCUCCGCUUGGAGACUUCAUUGCAGCCAUCCACACAUUGCAUCCAUCUAACAUGAUCGAGUAUGGCCCGCCAUCAGACCGGCGAUCAAUCGUUGCCAUCAACAACUUGAUGAGCUACAACCAGGCUUCGCUUAAAUUUCCUGACGGGAAUGUCACUACGGAGGCAAUCAUAUUUACCUUGAGGAAGUGGCUUGAGAAUACGGUUGAAGACGCGGAUCACAUUCCGGAGUUCGCUGAAAGGGUCAUAAAUAAACUAGCGCAAACAUACGCACCGCUGCAGACACCCGCGAGCAGUAACGGGAACUCCACGACCUCUUAUGCAAUCGCUGACCACUCGCAGCUUGUGGUUCAAUUCAAACAGCGCGCCUUUCUCGACCCUCACACUCUAAAAGACCGCUACAACAUACUUGUCUCUCAAACAUGCAUGCCUACCCAGUCAAACGAUCUCGCCAAAACACUCAUCGCCUUCCGCCUAGCUACCGCCGCCCAAAGGCUCCCACUAGCCGUUACCCAAGCCACGCCCUUCAGCUCCGAAAUUGCCUCGCAUCAUCGCCAACUCGUCACCCUCAUCCAGACCCUGAUCGAUGAGGAUGCCGAGGGCGAAUUAGACAACUCGGCUUCCAUAGCGAUUGACCCCCAGUUGCAAACGGCCACCGCCAUUACCGACACCGAUACGUGCGACUUCUGUGAAGCAGCGAUCCCGUUCACAGAUCUGAAGACUGCGGCAUGCACGAACGGCCAUCAGUUCCUGAGGUGCGGCUUGAGCUUCCUGGCAAUCCAAGCCCCGCGCAUCACAAAGUAUUGCGGAAUUUGUAGCACGCCUUUUUUAAGCGAUGAGUUUGUGGUAGCGCAGGAAGAAGGGAUUCGAGCACCGAGCAGACGAGAGGUCACUGAGAUGAAGGACCGACCCCGCAUUGAAGACGAGGACGCCGAGAUAGUGGAGAUUCAGCACGAUGGCGAAGCCGACGAUGAGGACAAAAGGGAACUCCCCGUCACGCUGGCGAGAGUGCUUUUCCUCGCUUGCGAUGCGUGUAUCUACUGUGGCGGGAAGUUCGCGGGAUAAGUGAAUGAAGUGGAAUGCCUGGGAGCUUAUGAAUAUCUAUAGCAGCUAUUCUAAGGUAAAGCAAC